AUGUUGGCAAGGUCUUGCUUGCGCUCGACGCGCACCCUCAAUGGGCUUCGAAGCGGCGUCAACAAUGUCUCCAAGCGCGCAGCGACGACGAGUUCGGGUGCCGCUGGAGAAACGUCCACGGCUCGAUUGAACUUUGCAGCCAUCGCUUCCACUACGGUCGCUGCUGGUUCAAUCGCCUGGUACUAUCAUCUUUACGGACCCGUGGCCUUUGCUGCUACCCCUGCCGAGGAAGGCCUGCAUGCUACUCAAUAUCCCUGGGUUCACCAGCAAUGGCUCAAAACCUUCGACCACCAGGCACUGCGCCGCGGUUUCCAGGUGUACCGUGAAGUUUGUGCUUCUUGCCACUCCCUGAGCCGAAUCCCUUACCGUACUUUGGUCGGCGCUGUUUUGACCGUGGACGAGGCCAAGGCCCUCGCCGAGGAAAACGAGUAUCCCGGCGAGCCCGAUGAUCAGGGCGAGACUCAAAUGCGACCUGGAAAGCUGGCCGAUUACAUCCCCGACCCCUACAAGAACGAAGAGGCGGCGCGGGCUGCCAACAAUGGUGCCCUGCCCCCAGAUCUGAGCUUGAUUGUAAAGGGUCGCCACGGCGGCUGCGACUACAUUUUCAGCUUGUUGACUGGCUAUCCCGACGAGCCCCCGGCCGGUGCCCAGGUCGCCCCCGGCAUGAACUUCAACCCUUACUUCCCGGGAACCGGCAUCGGAAUGGCGCGAGUUCUGUACGACGGCCUGGUGGAUUACGAGGACGGAACACCGGCCUCGACGUCUCAGAUGGCCAAGGACGUGGUCGAGUUCCUCAACUGGGCCGCCGAGCCUGAAAUGGACGACCGCAAGAAGAUGGGCUUGAAGGUGCUCAUUGUCACGUCGGCUUUGUGGGCCGUCAGCGUGUGGGUGAAGCGAUACAAGUGGGCGUGGCUGAAGUCAAGGAAGCUUGCCUACGAUCCUCCUGCCGAGUCCAAGACUCGCCACUAA